CUAUUCUCCCUUCAACUGCGCUGGCUGAAACAACUCCCAAGUCCCUCGAUCUACACAUCGCUGUGUCCCCCCAUAUUCUAAACCACAUAUUUUACUAUGGACUGCAAUCGCGUGUUGAGCCAAUGCCGCCUGCUGCCGUCCUAGAUGCGACAAUAAACAGACCUCACGAAUGCGACGAUUGGUUUUCCACUUGAGCGUUCCAUUUCAGAAUGGAUGCCCGGACGGCGCAAGCGCGUCGAAAAGUGAACACCUAUGGGAAAGGGACGAGGAGGAUUGCCGUUCAUGACCUCUUCGAUGUGGGAACAUUUCCUUUGUCCGAGUCAGCGAGACCAUCGACGAAACCGGUCACACUACUUGGACAAGCCGAUGUCAACAUCUCGUCCUCGAUACCGCGCUCAGAGAAUCAGGCACUCGCCGCAAGCAAAGUCUCUUCAGACCAUCGUCCGGAACAUCAUCGAUCCAUGUCUCCAAGCACUACUGCGUCUGCAGAGUCAUCGCCUUCGGAAGAAACCCAUCACUCGAUGUUCGAUCUCCAAUCUUCCGAUGAGGACUCAGCAACGUUCCGAUCCACGCAACCUCUUAAAAAGAGAAAGAUGACGCCAGUAGUGAACAUACCGAAAAUAAAUGUGACCUCGAAGAGUGCCGGAAAGCAGAAGUCGAUGAACGGUGUGACAACCCAGCCUGGGGUGCAAAGUAUUUCUCGCCCCAUUGCAGCAUCUAAGGUGGCAGACAAGGCGUCGGUGCGAGCUAUGAGCAAGAGCGAAGGUAGUGUUAAGAAACUUAAAAGGGCCCCGGUCAGGAGAGGGCAAUCGCGAGAACGAGUUGACGACGGUAUGGAUGAUCUGAGUAGGCUCGGUCAGAAUAGAUCCCCCAGCAGGAAGGCUCCUCCUAAACCAGUCCGUGUCAAGAAACAAUCUCCAGCCUUGCUCUCUGAUACUUCUGACCACAACGGCACUCCGAAAAGGAAACGAGGAUUUCUUGAUGAAGAAGCAAUGGACUCACCGAGUCCACCAGCAUUGCAAAUGAAAUCGCUCAGGUUAGCACCGGAGAUCAAUUCACUGGAAUUGGAUAUUUCAUCAACCUCAUCCGAUGAGGAAAUGACGGGAUCAACGUCUACGACACAGGCCUCACGAAAAGGUCGCAAGCGACUCAUUGAUAAGCUUGAUGCGCCCCGCACGCAAAGCGUAGACAGACAACAGGUGAAAUCUUCCGUGGGAAGGUCUAUCAAUGGAAAACAGUCACCACGUAAGACCGAAGCUGAGGCCCAGAGAGCUUCUGUAAUGGCAAAUGCUGGGCCACCGCUUCGACAACGUGCGACUUAUGCUCGACAACGCUCACACCUUAGUGACAUGAUUGAUGGCCUGGAACCUUAUUCUGCAAUCAAUAGUCAAGACUCAUCGCAGCCGAGCUUCUCUCAACCUACAUCGUUUGGCUUAGCGUCGCAGAUUGAAUUGGAAAUGGAGGACAGCGAUGACACAGAUGCUUUCACUCAAAUCAAGAGCAUUCACGAAUUGCGACGUGGUGCUGCGAUCAGCAAAUUUGAUCAAGACAUCGAGUCCAUACUUGAGGACGUGGAAUCUCAGUCCAAGUCAUUACGCAUCACUGCACUCUUGCUGCUGAUGAAUAAAAUGAAGGAACUCAGUUUUCUCCGACAUUUUCAGGAGUGUGGCAAUUUCUAUCGCUUCACUGCAAGCUCCAGAGACGAUGCUGACUUGAUUACUGCAACCUUGAUGGUCCUUGUCUUUCAUCAAGUGACAGCUGCAAAACAAUCAUCGCCAAAGAACCAGCUGCAAGUAUUAAACGGUCUAUAUCGACUACCCCCAGACUUGAGCCUGCAAAGGAAGUCACUAUCAUCUCUGGCCAAAGAUAGGAAAGAGAACUUGAGCAAGAUCAUGGUCAAAGACAUCAUGGACUUUGAGCAAGAUCACUUAAAACAUGGCCCGGAGAAACAACAUUUAAUCAGCCUACUAUAUCUGAGCUCGAUCAACGAUACUUUGCGUGGGCUGAUCAACAGUGGGGAAGAGAUGCCCGAUUUUCCCGGUGCUUUGUUGAAUGGCGUUCUUGUCAACUUCAACUAUGAACAACAGCAUCUACUUCAAGAGGAUGCAGCACGGAAUCGAUUUGAGAACAUUCAAGUUCUUCUGUCGUUGCUUGAGAUAGCGUCUGUGAAUCGCGGGAUGGCAACUUCUCAGCUCUCAAUAUCAUCCAUCAGCGAGGUUGGUAGCAGCGUAUCAAGUGUCAUGCAACUUGCUCGCGAAGGACGACCUGAGACAGAGCACUCAUGUUUACGCUUGAUCGUCAGUCUGAGCAAUAACGAGCCAAAAGUGUGUGAGGCUCUGACGGAAGGCAAGCUCAUAGCAACCGUGUUCCAGAUCAUUGAUGACAGGUUCUUGCAAUUGGCAGGAUUGGCGUCUCGAGAACAGCAGUUUGACAAUGCUCAGCUAGAGUCAGUAAUUCUUGCUGUUGGGUGUCUCCUCAACAUUGCAGAAUGUGCAGAUCCGGCUCGAAGAACGAUGCUAAAACCAGAUGCGAGUGGGAAGAGCCUGGUUGAUAGACUGGUCGGCAUUUUCAACAGCCAUGUCGACCAGACAUCGGAGGCUCUUACUAUUGAUCAAACCCAGAUCUUGGUGGCAUUUGGCUACAUCUCCGCGUUGUUGUGCACGCUAUGCCUCAAUGCGGAUGCACGAAGACGGAUCUCUGAUAACAUUAGAGGCGACGGCCUGUCUCGACUCUUCGAGGCGGCAGGUAUUUUUCUUCAACAUCUACGAACUGUUGAAGAAGCACUGGGAGGGGCGGAGGGUGCAGCGUCGGGAUUUACAGCUCGGUUUACAACGGUGUUGGAUACCCUAAGGCAAGACAGCGUAUAAAGAUGUUUGACGAUGACUUCGGUAUAGAACUUUUAAGACAUGGCAUGGCAUAUCAACGAACAACCUUGGGUUUGGUGGGAGAGACAAUACUUGGAAAACGACUCGAGUCGAGACAUGCAAGAGGGCAUGUAAUGAAAGAUACCCCUAAAGAUUUUGAGCUAGAGAUGACAGUGUAAUAAGACCGCCAGUAUCAAUG